GACCCUAAAGGCCAUAGGGACUUUUCACUGGCAUACCAUUGGAUGCUCGUAGUUUUAUAAGUAGUUUUACUUACAAGUUGCAUUUCCAAUGUCUGACGACGUAAUGGUUUCUAAAGUUAUUCUACAGGAACAGCGUGGAAAUUUUUUACUAUCUGAUGUAAAGGAAGAACCACGUGAUUCCACCCCAACCCCGUCAACUUGUUCUGACAAUUCACACAUUCCCAUCACUACAGCUGUUCAUGAGGUCACCCAACCAACCAAUCAAAUUCAGCUGGGAGCUACAUUUAGUUACAUAUCCCCACCACCUUAUUUCUCAACAGCCGAACGUUUAAAUAUUUCAGGAACACAUCCUCAUACUUGGCCGAAUAUUUAUCAACAACAGAUCUCUGGAACAUCUAAUGAACCUUUAAUGUUGCAUAAUGUAUCGACUUUGCAAAAUUGUUCUCCUACCAUUACUACCGUCAGUACUUUAACUCCUGUUCUUUUGUCUGGCGUAUUUCCUUCAUAUCCACCACAACAGUUCCAUCAAAAUCAACCAUUACCUAAUCCCAUACACAUUCAAAACUCUUCAUCUAGUGCACUUGUAAGCACUCGUCUUCGUUUUCCUUUGAACGAGACCAUUAAUUCGUCAUCUAUAGGUAACAAUGCGUUUUAUGGAUUUUUACCUGGCAGCGGGGAUCCUUCGAUAUUACAAUCAUCUGGACCAACAGUUUGCAAUGCAUUUAACCAUAACCCUGUUCAUCCAUUGUAUCAUAAUAACAAAUAUCUCCUAGCUCCUCAGCAUUCACCAACAAUUUCAACUUCAACUGUCUCAACAUCAAGUUAUCUACCAUCUAACCUACCAAUUCAUAUUCAACCAUCAAUGAUAACACUAAACCCAACUAUUGAAUCAACUGAUGACAUUAGCAGAAUAAUCUCUAACUCUUUCAAUGUCGAAAACCGCACUCAUGGAAAUAAUAAUAAUAAUAUUGUUUCACAAACAGUUAUUCAUCCUAACGUUGGUAGCUCUUGUACAAGUCAUCUUUCAAAUAAGAAUUCUAUUCCUAGGGAACUUGCUCAUUCAUCAUAUGAAUCAGCGCAUCAACAUUCUCUUAUUAAAUCGACAAUACGCAAGAGUAGUUCUACAGAACCUGUCAGUAAUAUCAAUAAAAUACAGUCAAUUUCAUUAGGAGCAGUAGCAACAACAGUACAGACAGUCUCAACGACAACUGGUGUUCCUGUUUUAGACAAACAAAUUCAUGUUACAGUAUGUUCUACCUCUGCUACAACUAUGACUACUACUAGCUCUACCGCUCCCACUAUUGACAAUAAUUUUGAUCCAAUAAUUGAAAAUGCUUUCGAUGGAGUUCUAUGGGGUCGUAUAUAUCGUCGUGCAGAUGGUGAUUUAAUGCUUCCUGGAUUAGGUACACUUUGUACAUUUAAAAGUUCAAAUUCAGUGUUAAGACAAAUCUGUCAAAUGACUAAAACAGACGAUAGUCUUGCAUUACAACUAUCGCCAUCUAGAGUUCAAAGUGAAAUUGAAAAAAAUCAUCUAUCAACUUCACCAUUGAAUCCAUCAUCAAAAAAAGGUCUUCACAUUUGUCUUUGUUGCCGAUUAACAUUUACCAGUAAUUCUGUAUAUGAAUGUCAUUUGAAUCGUUCAAUAGCCCAUAUGUAUUAUCGAUGUCACAUUUGCAUACAGUUGAAUAGUAAUAAUAAUGUGUCUACAACCAAUGCAAAUAGUGUAAAUUCCAUGUUAAUUCCCAACGUAACAACUGGUACAGAUUCUAGUAUUGCAACGACAACGACUACUAAUACUGCUAUUAACAACAAGAAUCAAAAAAUUUCCAACCAUAAAAAUGUUACUGAUUUUCAAUUUUAUUCAAUUCUACCUGGUUAUAUCAUAAAAGCGAACAAUCAUUGCGCUAUAUUCAGUCAUUUCACAUCGGCUCAUCCUAAUCAAAUGGGUUUAUGGACAUUGGAACCAUCAUUGCUUACUAUGUACUCUUUAAGAGGAUCUAUCACAAGUGCAGAUUUAAAAAAAUCAUCACUUUCGGAUUUAUUAUCAAAUGCUCCAAAAGAGAAGACAUUAAAUCAAAUUUCAAAUCAGUCUGACAGAUUUCCAUCUGAUCCAUUCUCUAAUCAUACAUGUCUAUCAGGAAUUCUCAGUGAUCUUCAUCAAAGUCUCAACAAUAUAUCUGGUCUAGAUAAUUUCGACUUGCUUCAUCCAUCAUUGUCAACAUCACUGGAUAUCAAUAACAAGAAUAGUUAUGAUUAUAAUUCAUUGUCAGAUUCUCCUAUCAUCAGUGCAAGUGAUUAUGAUGAUAAUAUUAUCAUUGAAAAGUUCUAUUCCUUACAACGUAUUUACAAACCGAUAGUAAUUCAUUCUCAAAAACAAAUAACCAAUGAAACUACCACUGACAACAAUAUUCAUCAUCGUCAAUUGCAUUAUGACUUGCAUCUACCGAAGUUGCCUAGUUCCGACAGUUUAUUAUUUCGUAUUAUUCUUAGUCUGGCCAAUUCUGAUAUUUGGCAAAGUCAUCUAUUCUUAUCGAAUUGGUGUGAUAAUAAUAGUAAUAAUUCAAAUAAGUCGUCAUCGAAUAAAAAUGGAGGUGUUGACAAGUGGAGUACUUUUAUGUGUUGCUAUGCUGCUAAUAAUAAUAAGAAUAACUCUUCAGAUAUUUUAUUCAGUAUCGAUGACGAUGAUGAUGAUUAUUACGGUGAUGGUGACGAUGAUGGUGAUGAUGAAGACCGUAAUCGUGAUUAUGGACGUGAUUUUCACAGUAAUAUUCAUUCUAAUAGUAGUGACAAAAGUGUCAUUGAUAGGAAUUUUCAAAGCAGAAUAUUAACGAAGUCAUUGUCUUUACCAAAACUGUGUGAUACUUGUCUACCACCUUCCGCUCCAUCAAUUACAUAUUUGAAUCAGGCUCUAGAUUCAUUGAUUUCUUCCAAAUAUGAUGAUCAUCAUGCUUCAAUGUGUUCUACAAAUACAACAGUCAGCCGAACGUCUGAUAAUAUAUGCAAACCGAAAUCAAUGAUAUCCAAUUCGGAUCAAAAGUUUGGGAUAUUACGUUGUUUAAUUUGUAAAUUUCGAACAAAUAAUCAUAAAUCACUUAUUGAACAUCUUAUCGGUAGUCCACCAUUAAAUCAUACAAAAUGUGGUCUAUGCGGCCAAUUGUUAUUUGCUAAUCAACCAUCACUUUGUUCAGUUAAAGCGCAUCUACUCUUACAUUUAGGCUGUUUUUUAAUGUGCCCUCAAUGUGGAUUUACGCCUCCAUUACAUUUGCCGCCAGACUGUGCAGAAUUAUGUUUACGUGUUCACCUGCGUUUUGUUUGUUAUCAUUUCAAUUUGAAAGAAAUAUUUCGAUGUAAUUAUUGUGAUGGGGAUGGUAAAGCUUAUCCUACUUAUGAUAACUUGUGUCACCAUCAUUUGGGACAUCAUGUAAAGCGAAUAUAUUCAUGUUUAUGGUGUGCAAAACAAACACGUAGUAAUAAUUCUGAGAGUCAUAAUAAUAAUAAUAAUAAUAAUACAAAUUAUACUAGUACCAAAGCUUUUCAGAUAUCAGAGACAACAGGUGAUAAUGCCUCAAUUCCAGUUCAUGACGUCUUAAAAAGAAAACUCACAUCUGCAGCAUAUCAUACGGCUUCUAUUCAUAUGAAUAAAGAAAAUAUCAAAUUGACAUGUUCCACAACUACAUCCCAUACAAAUUCACGUUCUAAUUCCUCUCAUGGUUCGGUCAAUAGUUCAAUUCCUAAUAUGACUCAAAAUAUUUUUCGUUCCAAUUCCAUCCAAGAAUUUUUAUGUCAUUUCAAAAGUGUUCAUUGGUCUUCUAUAGUUUCUAGUGCUAUUGAAAAAACUAACAAGUGCGGUGCUGUCCAACAUGAAAUUGAACAAUCAUCAGAUAACAUCUUAACUAUUGAUGUUCCAGAGUCGCCACCACCACGUUCUCUUCAUCCCGCUGUCGUUGUUGUAGGUAAUAAACAAACAUCUUCAGUCAAUAAUGAUGUUCGUAAAGUUAGUAAUUGUGUUGGUAAUGAUGGUGUUACUUCCUCAGAUCCACAAAAAUCAUCCAAAUACUCGGAUAUUAUACAAAUGAUAGAUGAAGUACAAAAGAUUCACACUAAUGACAAUAAUAAAAAUGUUAAAAAUAAGUUAUCUAUAAAUUUAGCUCCAAAGGUUGAUUAUGGUAUAGAACUUCAAUGUAUUGAAUGUUCUAAAGAAUUUAGUACGAGAGAACACUAUAUGGAACAUUUUCAAAAAGAACAUGCAUCAAAAUGUAAUCGUGGAUGCUUUUAUCGUUGUUUUGGUGCAUGUAAACGUCUUCUACCAAAUAUUCAUGAUUUUCGUGAACAUUUAGCUGAAUGUCGUCAUGCCCAAUCUAUAUUUUAUUCAACAUUUGGUCAUUUCUAUAACAAAGAUAAAGCAUUUGAUUUGUUCAAUGUUGAUUCAUUGCCAAUAAAUGUAGAGAAUAAUAAUAAUAAGCAUACAAUUGAUGAACGCCAAGAACAAUUAAAUGUAAAUAAUACUGAUCGAAUAUAUUCAAGAAACGUGCAUAAAAUUAAUAAACAUAAUAUUGAUGAUAAUAGUAAUACUAUACAGGGUUGUAAAUUAUGUUUCUGUGCUUAUUGUGGAAUUGGUUCACAAAAAAAAUCUAUGAUGAAUUCUUCGUCUAUAAAUUUACCAGAUCCAGUGUUACCUAGUUUAGAAUCCUGUACAUCAGAUGACGGUAAUUCUAUCCCAAAUAUCAGUAACGUUACAACGAACACCACAAGUAACAAUAAUGAUGAUAAUAGUAAUAGCCAAUUGAAUAAUGGUGUUAACGCUGUCCUACAAUCACAGUUUUCAGUAGAUAGUAUCAGCACUGGUUAUUUAUCGGAAGAUGAUCAUACUGGAUUUGAUACAACUAAACAACCAAUGCAUAACAGCACAAUUAAUAAUCAUAAUACUAAUAUCCAGCGAUAUAAUCUUUAUACACCAAAAUAUUUUUCUAAUUUAAUUAACUUACAUAUUCAUGAGAAUAAUUGUCAUUAUUCAAGACGAAAUAAAUUAAUUGCAUGUCCAUGGUGUCAUAUACGUAUGACUUGUAGAAAAAAGGAUAAAACUCGUGCUACCCAUAUGCAUUUAUUCUCACAUCUUCAUGAACAUUGUAUGGCUACUUGGUGUCUUGAACGUAUGCGUAAGUGGAAUGAAAAUGCCAAAGUUCUGCCAAAUUGUGUAUGUGGAUUGGCUUUGCUCGAUUCUCCACAGGCUAUUUUAUCACAUGCCGGAGUUCACUUAUUAUAUACAAACAAAUAUAAUUCUUCCAAUAUUAUCCCAGAUUCACUACAACAUCGUUCAUACAAACACUCGUUGUCAUCAUCACCAUUAAAAUCCCAACUAAAUUCUUCUGAAGAAUGUUUAUUACCCAAACCUAGUGAUCAUAUUCCCUGUCCCAUAAAAAUCUAUCGACACUUACGAUUCGGUGUUUCCGCGAAAUUCGAUACCCAUCUUUCCGAGUUUAGUCAUCGAAGUUCAUAUUUCACAUGUCCUGUGUGUAUGACUAAGCUAAAUACUCGUUGGGCUUUAACACAGCAUGCUUUUUCUGAGCAUUGGGGCACUCUUUGUUAUAUUUGUUGUAUUUAUACUGUUAAACCGAUUGAAGAAAAUUCUUCAGCAGAGAGAAAUAAUCAUAAUACAAACCCUCCAAAUCUAUCUACUAUAUCCUCGUCCUCCUCCUGUCCGUCGUCGUCAUCACCAUCAACUGCAGUAUCAGUAGCAACAUUUGACAGAAGUAAUGGAAACGAUAAAUCACAAUCGGAUUUAUCCACUACAACAUUAUGGGAUCAUAUAUUUCUUUGUAUGAAUAAACGUCUUGAAUUGUUGACCACUUGUCAUCACAGCACACCUACAUCAUCAUCAUCAUUAAUAGGAUCAAGGAAUGAUCAAAAUAAUUCUGAAUGUUCAUUGGAAGAAAUUCAAUCAAAUUUCGAGAAAGAAAUUAAUGAUGAUUUAUCAGUACCCAAUGCUACAAUUGUUAUUGACAGUUCACCAGAAAGUUGUGAUCAUGGUAAAUUAGUUUCUUCACGGCAAAACAAUUGGAGUUCGUGUUCUGGAGUUGUUAAUACUUCUUCAUCUUCUAUCAGUACUAAUAUCACUAGUGUCAUUACUACUUCUAAUACAAUGCUUAGUAAUCCUCCUACUUUUGUUAUCUCAGUUGGUAAUUCUGUUAGUUCAUCAAUUACAACCGCAACAUCUUCAUUCACGCCAUCGACUGAUAAUUCUGACAAAUAUGUACAUAAAAUUUUCAAUAAAAAAUCAUUGGAAAUAAAAAAUACAUAUCGUAAACGUUCCCUUCAAGUAGAUAAUACUUAUGAUAAUGAUGAUGAUGACGAUGAUGAUCGGGAUUAUGUUGGAGAACAGAAUAUUGUUAGUGAUUAUGUUACAAAUACUGACCAUAGUAUGAAAUCAAAAAAUCACAUCGCAAACAACUGUAAAUUGGUGAUUAAAUCGAAAUCAUCAGGAUUGAAUACUAUACCACAGUCCACGUCUGAUAUUUCUAAAAAACGACGUAUCUCAAAAGAUUUAGAUGAUCAUACAAAGAACCAUGGUGCUUGUCAUGAUGAAAUGGUAAAGAACAAUUUAACUACUUGUAGUAGUAGUGCUCCCGCUACUCACAGCAUUACUACUAGUAGUAGUAUGAAUAAUUCUACCUGUUCUGGUAAUUAUUUACACAAUUCCGAUUUAGAUGAACAAGAAUGCUCAACUAUUUGUCCUGAUGAUAACGACGUUAAUACAGAAAAAAUUUGUGUAAUUUGCGGUAAAAAACAAACAGCUGAUACAUGGGAAGAACAUUGUCUAUCUCAUCGAAAUCCUAAAAUGGCAUGGGACGGUGUUCGAAUCUCUCAACCAGAUCGACCAGCUUUCUGUGAAGUUAGACCUAUGAAAGUCUAUAGAUGUUACAUUUGUUAUAGACGAUUUACUAUUCGAUCUUCAUGUUUUCGUCAUAUGACCACUGUGCAUCGUUUAAAAAAGUCGCAGUUAGAUGCAAAUCUUUUAACUGAAUUAUCUAGUCCAAAUUCAAAACGAACAAAUUGUCCUGAAUUGAACAAAUUAAGUUCAGAGUUGGGAAAUUGUUCACUUAGUUUAUCAAAUCACAUCAAAAAUAGUAAAAGUCAUAUUUCACUGAAGAAACCUGCUAAUAUUACUAGUACUACUACUAAUAGUAGUAUUACCACUACUACUACUACUACUACUACUACUACUACUACUCCAUUGAAGCAUCAUUCAAUUUAUAAUAAUAUAUCGAAUACUGUUGAUUCUAAAAAGAAUAAAAAUAGAUCAUUAGUGAGUAGUAGUAUGUCAAAAUCGAAAUAUUAUUGCUCUAUAUGUCAUGUAUCAUUUAUUUCUAAUGAAAGUUUAUCCAGACAUUGUAUGUCAGCUCAUGGACAACAACGUAAACAGAGAGUAUAGAAUAUCUAUUUUUGUUUGUUUGUUUGUUUGUUUGUUUGUUUUAUUUUAUAAUAAAUCCUAUAAUUUUUUAACUGCAUAUUCAACAUUACACUAUAACAUGUACAUAGUUUACACAUUAUUAUACACAGAUAAACGAUAGAUGCACAUUUUAUUUUAUUCCUUUUUUUUGUAAUUUAUAUCUCGUUUGCUGUUUUUCUUUUCUCUUGAGAAAAAGGGGAUUUGUACAGAUAGAUCUGUAUGUAUGUAUGGUAGUAGUGUUGCUUCUCUUUUUUUUACUUCUUCUUUUUCGUUGUUCUCAUUUCCUUGUAAUUAUUAGUGCUUGUUUUUCUUGUAGAUUGUAUUUCUCUAUUUUCUUUACAUCUAUUCUCACAGCACAUAUCAAUAAAACAUAACACCGUUAACAAAUCAUGUAUGAAAUAUAUGUCAACUAUUCGUUGUGUAUGUUCCCCCCCCCUCUCCCCUUCUGUUCCAUAAUGUUCUCAUUUUCUGUUUAUUUAUUUAGUAAAAAGUGGAAGAAAAAGCCUGAUAUUUAAAAAAGCAAAGGGGUAAAUUCAUCGUUAUUCUCUUUAUUGUUUUUUUUUCUUUUUUAAGUUGAACUAUUUUGUUUUAUUUUAUUGAUUUUAAAAAAAAGAAGAAAGUGUACAGUUUAUGUAAACAUAGUUGAACGUUUAUGGUAUCUGUGUGUGUGUGUGCGUGUGUGUGUAUUGUUUAUUUAUUUGUUUGUUUGUUUUAAAAGAAAGAAAUUAUCUUUCAUUAAAAGUAAACAAGUUCACAUUCAACUGAAUAAUAAUCAUAAUACUACUGUUGUUAUUUUCUUUUGUUUAACAAUCGACUAUUGUUAGUUUACUUUAACAAAAACAAGUUAGUUUAGUAAUGCAAAAUAUUAGAAUUAUAGUGUGAUGAGAUGAGUGUAUAGUUAUGUAAUAAGGGACGAGGGUAGAAUAGGUUCUGUGUGACUACAUUUUCUGUUGUUCAUUUUAUAUAAAGUUAAAAUUCUAAUAUGUUUGUAUGUUUAGGUGAUACCGUCAAUGGUAGGAAUAAUUUAAUUAGCAGUUUAAACGAUAUGAAAAGGAUUAUUGAAUUCAAUUGAUUCACUACAAUUUGUGUAUAUGAACGUUUCAAUGUUAGAAUUCAUGAGAUCAUUAGUAGACAGUGGUUUUUACUUGUUGUAAUCAACUGGUUAGCUACCAAAUUAAGUCGUUUUGCUUAUUCUGUGACGAUAUUAGUUGAUUAACUGAUAGUAUAUUCAAUAUGUCAAUUUGUAAUCCAUAUAAAGUAAAUUCAUGAAAAGAAAUAACUGAAUCGAUAAAGGUCAUCUUGAAUUGAUUAUUAUUAUUACACUAAAUGAAUCUUCAUCUCUAUUUUUUUCUGAUGUUUUCUUUUCUUUCUUUUUUAUUCUUGUUCAUAUUCAGUCACAUCUAGGAUCCAUCUAUCGUUUUUUUUUCUUUUUUUUUUUACAAUAACCAAUUGAUUUCUCUAAUAGUCAAUCUUUUGGUACACAUGAUUGAUGAAAACAAAUUCACCUUUGUAGUUAACCGCCAUACUCUUCUACUUUCCUUGAUUUUUCUUUCC